ACAAUAGUUUUGAUGAACUGUGAGCAGUCAAUCAGGGACGACAACUACAGUCAUAUAAUUCCAUGCAACACUAGAGGCUCUUCCUCUUCCUCACCAACAUACGCUUAUGCAGUUGUCGGAGACUAUGUGUCGGUGGGAGAUAUUCCGUAUUCAUGCACCAUCGGCACAUCUAUUAUUAUUCAACCGUUGAAGUCACUUCCAGAGCCCAGCAAUCUUUCGAUGUCAGAUUUGCAAGAUUAUAUGCUUCUGGGGCUUCAGCUUUCAUUUUUGGAACUCGUCUGCAACCGCCAAUGCGAAAUGAAAGGGCAAGCUUGCUCCUCUACAGAUUUCACUGCAAGUGCCUUUCAAUGCUCGAACGAACAUAUUCCCAACACUACAGAGAAAAAUUGGCUUUGGAAGUUUAUAACCAAUGAUUUAUUCCUUCCCUUUAUUAGUAAGGCUCCAAUUAGAAGGGGUUCUUUCUCCCAACCUUAA